AUGCCCAGGUCUGAACCCGAAUCGGAGCUCCCUCAAACCCGCCGCUGGAUAUCUCGCUCGUGCCAUAGUUGCAAUAGCAAGAAAAUCCGCUGUGACAAAAGAGAACCAUGCUCCUCAUGCACACGGACUGGCAGGCCCUGUGUCUACCCACCAUCGGGGCCUCGGAAACGGCGGGCGAAAGAGACUAUUAUAGCUGACAUGGCCUCCCGUAUUUCUGGUCUAGAAAAGUCUCUUAACGAGGCCAGAAACCAAGGGGCAUUGAUUUCAACGAUCCCCACUUACACAACUGCGAGUCUAACGCCCUCGACGACUGCUGCGAACUCUGAUGAUUUGAGCGAGAGGUCUAAUGGCGGUAUUCUUGUCCAGAAGGGGUCAUCAAGCCAAUACUUCAACGAAGUUUUCAUAUCUAGAGUCAUAGAAGAAGAGCGAAAUAUCGAAUCGGCUCUGACGCCUCCUCAGACAGCGUCCCCGCAGCCACCAGUGGUAUCGCCGUUCAAUGCCACGGGAAUCCUCUCCUCUGCUUUCUUAUCAGUGGCGCCAGCCAGCUUUUAUCCGAAUACACAACUGGCUGUAAGGCUUUGGAAAAUCUACGUGGACAAUGUCGAAGGCACUGCAGGAUUCAAACUGUUGCAUCUUCCUACCGAUGAGGUCAAGGUGUAUUCAACCAUCAAUGACCCAAGCACGGCAUCCCUGGAAAAUCUCGCACUCAGCUUCGCUAUCUACUUUACGUCAACAGUCACUCUCGAAGAUCCGGAAGCCCACGUGACUCUAGGACAGGAUAGGAAUACGUUUCUACUCCAAUGCAAGGUUGGCCUAGAGCAAGCAUUCGCGCAUGGAGACUUCUUGGACCGUCCAACGAUGACUGGGCUUCACGCCUUGGCCAUAUAUCUCUCUGCGCUUCGCGUCCAUAAUCGCGGCAAAGGGAUAUGGAUUCUCAACGGCCUCGCAAUCCGUAUCGCAGAGUCAUUGGGCCUUCAUCGCGAUGGAGAGCGGCUUGGUCUUUCUCCUUUCCAGUCUGAGAUUCGCCGUCGACUUUGGUGGCAUCUGCUCAGUCGAGACGGCCGUUCAGGCGAGGACUACGGCCUACAAAACACCAACAACCUAGUACCUGUGUCAGAAGUUAGCCUGCCGAUCAAUGUCGACGAUACAGACCUCUAUCUCGAAAUGCAGCACCUUCCUGCACCAAAAGAGGGCUGGACUACCAUGACUUUCUCGCUGAUCAACAUUGGCCUGACAAAGUCAAUUCAAAAACUAGCAGCUAUCGCCGCGUCAUCGACAUCUUCGUCUCCUCCAAGCGAACAGGUUAGAGCAAAUAUUAUUCAAGAGAAUAAGGUGCGUAUCGAGAAGUCGCUGGCACAUUGCAAUCCGGUCAUACCUCAACAACGUCUAACUAUCACUUGCUCCCGCUUCCUGCUUCGAAAGCUCGACUUCGUCACGAGACUACAGUGGGCUUUACUGCAGCGUGCGGGUACACCGGUAGAUUUUGCGACCGAGGAAAACUUGAUCGAGGCCUUGGCUAUCUUAGGGCCGAGAAUCUACAACGAGGAUGGCAUGCUGAAGCAAUACACGUGGGCCAGGAAGGCUUAUCCACAAUACCAUGUCACCAUGUACGUUCUGUGGCAUCUGUGUGUCAAACCCGAAGGCCCAAAUAUCGGCAGGGCAUGGGAGGCGGUAGAACCCCUCUUUUCUCAGGAGCUAUGGGACGAGUCUACCAUUGGAUUUGGACCGAAGUCAGCAGUGUUGGUAGCCCUCAAGGCGAAAGCCAAGUCAGUGAGGGAAAACAUUCAAAGACUGAACCCAGGGAAGGAUGCGAGAACUAGCGAUUCUCGAUCUCGUCCAGUGUCUGGAGAAGGGGUCUCUGUGUACAGGUUUGAAGAUACUGGCAGUGAUGACUUUGCUCUCAACACUGACAUUGAUGAAUGGCCAAAUUGGGAAGCACUGGUGCGAGGUUUCCAGCUAGAUAGUCCCAAUGCCUUCUGGCAGGGAGGUGGAUUAGAUGGCACGUGA